AUGACUGUUUCAAGGGUAACAAAGAUUAGUAUACUGUGUGGUAUAACAUGUUUUAGCAUAGGGAUAUUAAUAGGACGUUUUGCUAUUAAUCGUAUCCUUACUGAAUGUGUGGAAAAUGUGAAUCCUGAUGGAAAAGGUGGAAACAACAGCAUAAGCCAAGAACUUAUGAGAGAAAUCAAGGCAGAAAAUAUCAGGAAGAAUUUAGAGUUUUUCACAAGGAGACCUCACAUUGCUGGCAGCCAGCAAGAUGAAGAGGUUUUGCUCAACCAUAUUGUUAAAGAAUGGAAGGCCCAACUAGAUGGAGUUAAAAUCUACUCUUAUAAGGUGUUGCUGUCAUAUCCAAAUGCAUCUGAUCCUAACUAUGUGGCUCUUGUGCUUGAAAAUGGAACUGAAGUAGAACAGUCUGCGAAAGUUGAAAAAGCCAUCUUUCCAGAGCAGAAUGACUCGACUGUUGCAACACCAUUCAAUGCAUACUCACCUUCUGGAACUGUCACAGGUGACCUUGUUUAUGUUAACUAUGGAACCAUAGAAGACUUCAUGUAUCUGAAAAGAAAUCUUUCCAUUGACCUUAAUGGAAAAAUUGCAAUCGCUCGCUAUGGAAAAAUAUUCAGGGGUGAUAAGGCCUCUCAUGCAGCACAAUUUGGUUGCAGUGGAAUGAUACUUUAUUCCGAUCCAUCAGACUAUGCGGUGAGUGAUGAAAUGAAAGUAUAUCCAGAUGACUGGUGGUUACCUGGAACUGGUGUGCAAAGAGGAACACUUUUACAGGUGCCAGGAGAUGUUCUUACUCCAUUCUAUCCAUCAAUUGAAUCUGCGUACUUUAAUGCAUCUACUUUCAACAUGCCAUCGAUUCCUGUUACUCCAAUUUCAUACAAUGAUGCUGUAAAAUACCUCAGGUAAUUAAAUGGACACGUUACAAGACAGUCUUGGCACGGAAAGCUGAACAUUACCUACAGAACUGGACCUGGGUUUGUAGCACCACAUAACACCAGUAAAAUGAAGCUUUAUGUUCGCACAUUCAACGAAAGAAGAAUAACAAAAAAUGUCAUUGGAUUUAUUCGAGGGCAGUAUGAACCAGAUCGAUAUGUGAUUAUUGGAAAUCAUCGUGAUGCAUGGGUCUUUGGAGCUGUGGAUCCUUCAAGUGGUACAGCAUCUAUAAUGGAACUGAGUAGAGCCAUGGGGAAAUUAUUAAAAAAUGGGUGGAGACCACGGAGAUCCAUAAUAUUCUGUAGCUGGGGCUCAGAAGAGUAUAAUCUUAUAGGAUCAUCUGAAUGGGUGGAAGAAAUGGUAAAACCUCUAAGUGCAAGAGCAGUUGCUUACAUAAAUAUUGAUUGUGCAAUUGAAGGUAAUGUAACUUUGUACCCACAUGGAACUCCAAACCUUUACAAUUUGAUUCAAGAAGUUGCCAAGAAGGUUGAAAAUCCAGACCCAAAAGAAUAUGAUAAAGGAAGAAGAACUGUCUAUGAUACAUGGCUGGCAAAUAUUCCAUCUGAUUAUGACCCAAGUGUUCCUCAGGUUGGAGACCUAGGAUCUGGAAGUGACUACACAGCUUUUCUACAGACUUUAGGAUGUUCUGCAGUUGAUUUGUUGUACUCAUUCCGUCCGAACUAUAACAUUUCUUCAUACCCAGUGUACCACUCAGCAUAUGAGACUUUUGAUCUAGUUUCCCGGUUCAUGGAUCAGAAAUUUACAUUUCACCAGGCUGUGACUCGGAUCGCUGGUGAGCUUGCACUGACCCUGGCUGAUAGUGUCCUGCUGAAUCUAGAUUGCAACCAGUAUGCCCAGAAACUAGAACGAAUUUUUACAGGUGUCCAACAAGGCUAUGGCACUCUUUUAAACAAGCACAAUAUCACACUUGACUGGAUCAAGGCAGCCAUACAAGAAUUCAAGGAGGCUGCAGCUGGGCUACACAACAGGAUCGAAAAAGUAAACCUUACCAAUCCUCUUGAAGUACGUGCAGUGAAUGAUCAGCUGAUGAACCUUGAGAGGGCCUUCAUUGAUCCUAUGGGAAUUUAUGGCAGACCACAUUUUAGGCAUGUCAUCUAUGCUCCAAGUAAACACAAUGCAUAUGCAUCAACUAGUUUUCCUGGGCUGGCAGAUGCUUUGUUUGAUAUUGAAAAUGAUGAAAACCAAGAUGAACGCUGGGAACAAGUCAAGAAGGAAAUAUCCAUUAUUGCCUUCACAAUUCGGUCAGCUGCAAGUACCAUAAGAACUGUCAGUGACAUUGGAGGAUGCUGAAUUAAUUCAUAAGGCACCGUUAUUGAACUGAACAUUUUUCAGUGGAUGAAAAAGAAGAACUUUUAAAUGGAAACAGUUUAGUAACAUUUUUGACAGUAUAAUAAUAAACUGUGUGUCUGACUGCAUUCAGUACACAUUUGUAAUGUCAGUCUUGAAAAAUGUCAAAUACUUUUCAGUUCCUUAAUGUUUAUAGUUCAGCACUUCAAGAUGAAGUCUGUAAUCAUAUAUGCUGCAAUUAUCCCUGGAAAUAAUAAUAAAAAAGUGAAAGGAAAAUGUUGUGCAACAAUUUCUUGUAGAGUGGCAUCUGUAGUUCCAUUUGUAAAUAAUACAGCUAGCA